AUGAACCAAGCACGUGUUUGGAUUUUAGUCUUCAUUAGUCUAAUAAUUAUGACAAUGAUAGUAUUUUUAUUACCAAAUUUUGCUCAAUCGAUAAAUGGUGUUCAACAACCAACAGUAUAUCAUACACCAAAACCUACAAUUUCACCAACUCCAACUCAAACUCAAACUCAUACACCAACUCAAACUCAAACUCAAACACCAACUCAAACACCAACUCAAACACCAACUCAAACACCAACUCAAACACCAACUCAAACACCAACUCAAACUCAAACACCAUCGAAAUUUUCAGUUGGAGAAUUAGAUUUUGAAACUGAAAGAAAUUUCAAACAUGAUAUGGUUAAAUUCCCAUGGGAAGAUUUUAAAGCAGCAGCAAGAACUGGUAAAACUGAAAAUACAGAUAAAUAUUCACAAAUGUUGAUUUUAACAUUGGCAAAAUAUUUAAUUGAACCACCAUUAGUACCAAUUAAUGAAUCAUGUAAACCUGAACCAUUACCAACUCCUAGUGAUGAUGUUUGUGGGAAAUAUCCAGAGGUAUUCUCAGGUAAACGUGAUAAACCUGUUAAAAUUGCACAUAUGGUACAAAUUGGUUUCGAUAUUGAUGUUUUAGAAGUUCAUUUAAAUGAACUAUACGAUAUUGUAGAUCAUUUCUUCAUUCUCGAAUCAACAGUAACACAUUAUCAUAGGAUGAAAAAACCAUUGAUUUGGGAACAUGUUAAAUUUCAAGAUCGUUUCAUUAAAUUUCAAGAUAAAGUGGUGCAUUUAGUGUUGGAUGAUACUGAUGAAGAGAAUGGUAAAGAUUUAUUCGCUGCAGAGGGGUAUCAGGAAACCCGUCGUUGGCAAAAGUUUUUAGAUUGGAAUAAGAGAACAAAUCUAUAUAGUGAUAAUGAUGUCAUUGGAUUUGGCGAUACCGAUGAAAUCAGUGCAAGAAUUAAUUUACAUUAUUUAAAGAAUUGUCAAAUUAGAGAUGGCAUCAAUGCUAUUGAUAUUGGUAUUUGGUUCCCGUACGGCCCAAUUGACCAAGUCUUCAAUCCAGAUUUCCCUGUUAGAGGUCACUCAUAUACACUCGGUGAUCCAACUUAUUACACAAUUAAAGGAGCAAUUCAAAAUGGUAAACCAUCUAGAAAUCGUGGUAAAUCAGGUUACUAUAUGUUGGGUGGAAUGCACAUGACUCAUUAUGGUUAUUUACCAUUCCAAAUGGUUAAAUAUUUAUCAUGUACUGAAUGUGGUAUAACAAGAGAGGAUCAAAUUACCUUGUUUUCAAGUGAUAUUGGAAAAGGAAAUAUUCAAGAAUUAGAAUCUCGUCUAUUAGAAACAAAAUCUGAUCAUGCUAAUAGAAUUUCAAAAUUAAGUAAUAUGGAUGAUUUCUUUAAAAAAGAAGUUGCAAUUUUACCAUGGUUUUAUAAUUGUAAUCGUAAUCGUUACCCUGUUUGGGAAAGAAAAAAUGAUCCAAGAUUAUUUUAA